UUUUAAUUAUUAUUUUGUAUCGACAAUGACAUCGACAACAACAAUAUCAUUGUCAUCGAUGGUAGUGGUGCUGAUGGUAGUGUCGCUAUGGCUAACAGUAGCACCGUUAGCUUCGGCUCAUAUAGCUUUUCGUACGAAAAUUGUCCGAUUUGUGCCCACACACCGUCAUGUUUUAGUACAUCGCAUCCGUAAGCCGUUACCGUUACCGCACCCGCCAAUACAUCCGCCGCCGACCACAACAACAACAUACGCGCCGCCGCCCGUGACCACCGAUUAUUACGCACCUCCGUCUACUAACACUUACAACGCACCCGUCGUCUCCAAAUACGUACCACCGGUCAGCGAUUACGCAACUCCCGGCACCAAAUACGCACCCGUGGCCACCGAUUACGCAGCUCCGGCCUCCAAAUACGUACCUCCGGUCAGCGAUUACGCAGCUACUGGCUCCAAAUACGCACCCGUCUCCUCAAAAUACACACCACCUGUCACCGAUUAUGCAUCUCCGGUCUCUAAAUACGUACCGCCGGUCAGCGAUUAUGCCGCUCCGGCCACCAAAUAUGCACCCGUGGCCUCAAAAUACACACCUCCGGCUUCCAAAUACGUAGCUCCGGUCACCGAUUACGCAGCUCCUGCCACCAAAUACGCACCCGUGGCCACUGAUUACGCACUUCCGGCUUCCAAAAUCGUAGCCCCGGUCACCGAUUACGCCGCUCCUGCCACCAAAUACGCACCCGUGGCCUCUAAAUACGUACCUCCUGUCACCGAUUACGCAACUCCCGUCUCUAAAUACGCACCCGUGGCCACCAAAUACACCGCUCCUACUGUCACAUACUCACCUCCAGCCGUCACAUACGCGCCGCCGACCACCAAAUAUACACCGCCAGUCGUGAAAUAUACGCCUCCGGUUACCACAUAUGCGCCUCCGACCACCAAAUACACACCACCAGCCGUCACAUACGCGGCUCCGACUACCAAAUACACGCCUCCGACUGUAACCUAUGCACCACCAGCUGUCACAUACGCGGCUCCGACCACCAAAUACACGCCUCCGACUGUAACCUAUGCACCACCAGCUGUCACAUACGCGGCUCCGACCACCAAAUACACGCCUCCGGCCGUAACCUAUGCACCUCCAGCUGUCACAUACGCGGCUCCGACAACCAAAUACACGCCUCCGACCGUAACCUAUGCACCUCCAGCUGUCACAUACGCGGCUCCGACAACCAAAUACACGCCUCCGACCGUAACCUAUGCACCUCCAGCUGUCACAUACGCGGCUCCGACCACCAAAUACACGCCUCCGACUGUCACAUAUGCACCUCCGACCACCAAAUACACGCCUCCGACUGUCACAUACGCACCUCCGACCACCAAAUACACGCCUCCGACUGUCACAUACGCACCUCCGACCACCAAAUACAUGCCUCCGACUGUCACAUACGCACCUCCGACCACCCCCACCUAUGCACCACCCAAGGUUGACUAUACACCGUUGCCAGCAUUGCCCACAUAUUACGAAGUCCCGUCGGGUCCGGUAGCCUACCCACCGGCGCGUCCACUAUAUACUCAUGGCCUACAUUCGCCGGCCGACUAUCGGGUACCGUCAGAGUGUUCGGGCGACUAUUCAUCCCCCAGUUAUGACCGAAAGUGUCCGACAUAUCAUUAUAAGUAAAUAAUAGUUUACUAUUAUAUUGUAUUUAUUUUUUUUAAUGAG